AAAAGAAAUGUCUGAGAAUUUCAGUUUCACCUUCCUUUUUGCUUUUAGUUCAAGUCAAAUGGUUCUGUCCAUCGAAAAUCAUAAUGUCACCCUUUAAUAUUUCACCGGCUUUUAAAUUUUAAUUUUCAUUGUUUUUGUAUGGUUAGAAGUUUGCUUUCAUAUCAUUAGGGGUAGCCUCUUAUGAGGAAGAACACAUAUUAAGCAACAUCAUAAUAGUUUCCUCAUGUAUCUUGUGUAAUAUGAAAAGACAUAAUUAAGAAAAUAUUAUAAAUUAGGAAGAACAGAAGACACUGACUGACCUACUUGAUGUUUGGUGUUAGGCACCAACCAUUUUUAGACUAACAAAGAAUAAAAACCUCAUAAAUCUCUUUUGCAUUUCAUUCCUCACCACAUUCCACAAUCAUUCUCUUUCUCUCAUCAGCAUAUCAGUUUCUAUUCCUCUCUAUUCAUAUUGACAGAUUUUGAAGGGUUGCGAAGAGAGAGAGAGAGAGAGGAGAAGAGGAAAAUGGGAGAGAUGAAGAGUAUGCAAAUGGGAGUGAUUGGAGCAUUGUUUCUAUCUGUUGCAUCUUCUGUCUCCAUUGUCAUUUGCAACAAAGCUUUGAUGACCAAUCUUGGAUUCCCUUUUGCGACAACACUAACAAGUUGGCAUUUGAUGGUAACAUAUUGCACACUUCAUGUGGCAUAUAGACUGAACUUCUUUGAGAAUAAACCAAUAGACACGAAAACUGUUGUUCUCUUUGGCCUCCUCAAUGGCAUCUCCAUUGGUCUUCUCAAUCUCAGCCUCGGCUUCAACUCCAUCGGCUUCUAUCAAAUGACCAAACUUGCCAUCAUACCAUUCACUGUUCUAUUGGAAACUUUUUUCCUCAACAAGAAGUUUAGCCAAAAGAUAAAGUUCUCAUUAUUUUUGCUGCUGGUUGGUGUUGGAAUAGCAUCAAUAACAGAUCUUCAGCUCAACUUUGUUGGUUCUGUUCUGUCUCUCCUUGCCAUCGCAACAACUUGCGUCGGCCAAAUUCUAACAAACACAAUCCAGAAGAAACUGAACGUGACAUCAACACAACUCCUUUACCAAUCAGCCCCGUUUCAAGCCGCAAUACUUUUCGUCUCUGGUCCCUUUGUCGACAAAUACCUCACUCACCUCAAUGUCUUCUCCUUCCAGUACUCUCCUAUCGUCGUGGGGUUCAUAACGUUGUCAUGUUUGAUAGCGGUUUCGGUUAACUUCAGCACGUUUUUAGUGAUUGGAAAGACAUCUCCGGUGACGUACCAAGUCUUGGGGCAUCUCAAAACGUGUUUGGUUCUCGCGUUUGGUUACACUCUCCUCCACGAUCCUUUUACUCCUCGUAACAUCGCAGGAAUCCUCAUCGCUGUCCUUGGCAUGCUUCUCUACUCCUAUUUCUGCUCUGUUGCUUCCAAAUCCAAACAAGGCUCCUCCGAAUCCGCUUUUAUUGGGAAAGACAAGGAUACGACGCCGCUUUUGAGCCAAGAAAAAGAGAAUCAUGAAGCCAAGAAGCUAGACAAGCAUUCUGCAGUGUGAUUGAUUACAAAAUAUAAUUAAAAAAGUACAGUAACUCUUUCUUUCUGUUUUUGCUUGUAUACUUCUGUAUUUUUUUUCAAUUCAUUGAUAAAAGUUUUUUGUUAUUGAGAAAAAGUGAUGCAGACAAUGGCCUUUUAUAUAUUCACAGCUACCUCCUUCACU